UAACAAUUAUUAUGGCUUAUCGUUGUCCAUAAGUCCUGAUUGUAAAAACUAUUUGCAACCAAAAGGUUCAGAUAGUUUUGCCUGUGUCUGUACGGAACGGGAGCCGUGCGCUAAAAUUGUGUCACCAGUUAGGACAGCACCGGGUAUUGUCAGCAAAUGGCAAUCGGGCAGAGAUGGCGCCCGACUGCGCAAACAGACCAUGAAGUUUGGUCAGCCAAUGGAUCGUAACAUCAAUGGUACGGCUGAACCGGUAGUCGAGUUGUAUGUCAAAGUAAAUCGAGAGAUCCGUUAUCAACAGAUAUUUGGUUUUGGCGGCGCUUUUACCGACUCGACCGGUAUUAAUGUACGCAAAGCGGGUGAGAAAUUAGGUGACCAGAUAUUACGGGACUAUUUCAGUUCUGGUGGUCUCGAGUAUAAUGUCGGCCGUAUUCCUAUCGGCGGCUCUGACUUUAGUUCGCGGGCCUAUUCGCUGGACGACAGCAAUGAGGACAGAGGCUUAAGGAACUGGAGUCUGGCUGAGGAGGAUCUCCAGUACAAAAUACCUAUUAUACAAAAAGCCAAACAACUGGCCACUCAUGACAUCCGUUUGUUUGGCAGUCCGUGGUCGGCACCCAAAUGGAUGAAAACCAACAAUGAACUUAUACACGGCGGCAGUAUUAAGGGACCGGUAGGCAGCGAUUAUUGGCAAAUAUGGGCCAAAUAUUUUGUUAAAUAUUUGGAUGCAUAUAAAGCGCAUAACAUUAGCCACUGGGGUAUAACCAUACAAAACGAGCCGCAGGCCAACCAAAAAUUCAAUUCAAUGUUGUAUACGCCGGAACAGAUGCGCGAUUUUCUGGCCAAAACAUUAGGUCCCGAACUGGACGGCAGUGGUUACGGUCCCGAUAAACUGUCGGUCAUGAUAUGGGAUCAUAAUCUAGAUUACGUACAACAAUGGGUACGGACUAUAUUUGCCGAUCCGGUGGCUUCGCGUUACGCGGCCGGCACUGCCGUUCACUGGUACUCGCAUUCGCCGCACGAACUGCUGGACGAACCGCAUCGCUUACAUCCGGAUAAGUUUAUUUUGGCCACCGAGGCCUGUGUCGGUGGUGUACCAACUGUUGGCGCCUGGAGUCUAGCGGAACGUUAUGCCGAGGAUAUACUGGGUGAUUUAUUGCAUCAUGUAGUUGGUUGGACCGAUUGGAACAUGGUACUGGACAACCAUGGUGGACCAUCAUGGGUAGAAAAUUGGCUCAACGCACCCAUCAUAUUCAACCAGGACAAACAUGAAUACUAUAGAUUACCCCAUUACUAUGCUCUGGCACAUUUUAGUAAAUUUCUAUCACCCGGAUCAGUUAGAAUAGACUCACAAAUUAUGUCGAAACGUGUAGAUACCGGUAGUAGUAGUAAAGUAUCGGUCGGUGCUUUCCGGACACCCGAUAAUUCUACAGUUGUUAUUGUUGUCAAUAAUGACAACUCGACCGUACAGUUGACUAUCGAUGAUCCGACCCGAGUCGGCAAACUGAUGGCAAAAUGCGAACCAAAAUCAAUUGAAACUUAUGCAAACAAUAGUAAUGGUGGUACGGGAGCUAUAUGUCUGGAUAGACCCAGACGUAUACCAUGUGCCCAGGGCUAUGAAUGCAACGCGUGUCCAUGUUAUAAAGGCAAAUGUGUAGAAUCGAGCACGUGCGCACGUGCUAAUGCUGAUGCUAUUUCUGGUGGUGGUGCCGGUGCUACUUGUAUGGACACACCUAAGCUGAUAGCGUGUGCGAAAGGUUACAAGUGCAACGCCUGUCCCUGCUAUAAGGGCACGUGUGUCAGUACAAGCACGUGCAUUUCACGUUUGAAUGUACCAUGUAGCGAUGCUAAACCAUGUUGCGCUGAUUUAUUGUGCAACAAACAGUCCAAAACAUGUACAUUGAAAGCUUGUCCCCUAAUUGGAUGUUAA